UCCGGUCUAAACCGGAUGUAUUGACCAUCCUGCAGCUGUCAUGGCUGAAACAAAUCAUGUUUCGGGGCUUCCACUUCUACUUUUAUUAACGUCCGUGGUUCUGUUACACUUAUUUAUCUGUCCGUUCACCAAAGUUGAAGAAAGCUUCAAUUUGCAAGCGGCCCACGACCUCCUGUAUCACACAUUUGACUUUGACAAGUAUGACCACCAUGAGUUCCCUGGUGUGGUUCCACGAACCUUCAUUGGUCCCCUGCUCAUCUGCAUCCUUUGCUCCCCUGUUGUGUUUCUGUCUUCUCUGCUGAAUGCGCCGAAGUUCUCCGCACAGCUCAUCGUCCGAGCCUCUCUAGGAGUGUGCGUGAUCGCUGCGCUAUGGCACAUGCGACGAGAGGUGAGGAGGCAGUUUGGCUCCACGGUGGCGCUCCUCUUCUGCCUGAUGUGCGCAUCUCAGUUUCACCUCAUGUUCUACAGCACCAGGACGCUCCCGAAUGUCUUUGCGCUACCAAUUGUCCUUGUUGCAUUCACCUCUUGGAUGUCUAACAAACACGGUAGCUUCAUCAGCCUCUCCGCCUUCGCCAUCAUUGUGUUCCGAUCGGAGCUCUGCAUCUUUUUGGGUCUCAUGUUGGUAAUAUCACUGUUGAGCAGAAAGCUUGGCCUACUGGAACUUCUUUACUACGCCGUUCCUGCUGGAUUGCUCUCAAUGGCUCUGACUGUGGCGAUUGACACUUUCUUUUGGAGAAAACCUUUGUGGCCAGAAGGUCAGGUGUUAUGGUACAAUACCAUUCUCAACAGAAGUUCCAACUGGGGAACCUCACCCUUUCUCUGGUAUUUUUACUCUGCUUUGCCCCGCGGCCUCGGCUGCACGCUGCCGUUCGUCCCCUUGGGGCUCCUUGACCGGCGGAUGAGGCUCCGGCUGCUACCCGCCGUCGCCUUCAUCCUCGUCUACUCGCUGCUGCCACACAAAGAGCUGCGUUUCAUCAUAUACACUUUCCCCGUGUUCACUCUGGUGGCUGCUCGAGGCUGCUCGUUUAUUUUGAACAACUACCAUAAAUCUUGGAUGUAUAAACUGGGUUCGGCUGUAGUGGUGGGCCAGCUGUUGAUGAACGGCGCGUACUCCGGUGUUUGCCUCUACGUUUCCCAUCACAAUUACCCAGGAGGCCGAGGGAUGCAGGAACUACACAGGCUGUUGCCAGCCACGGCAGACGUCUUUGUUCACAUUGACACCUACGCUGCCGAAUCAGGAGUAUCUCGCUUCUUGGAGCAGCACCAACAUUGGAGAUAUGACAAACGUGAGGAUUUGCACCCAGCAAGUCCUGACAUGAAAAUGUUCUCGCACCUCCUAAUGGAGACAAACGCCACAAAGAUGGAGCUCCUCCAGGACACUCAUCGGCCCCUGGCGUUCAUACAAGGCUAUGACGGCAUCGCCUGCCACUUGUUUCACUUCCCUCCUUUUAGCGUGGCAUUGACAAGAAAAACUGUACUGAUGCAGAGGACCACGUUCAAGGGGUCUCAUUAAGGAGUCAGGUGACCAGCAAUCCCACUUAUUUCCUCAGGGUUUACAUGAAAGAAACGAGUAUGUGUGAAUCCUAAACCUUUUUGCGAGCAUGACGUGUUACUGAAUGUGAUUGAGUGGUUGGAUAUUGGUGGUAUGUUCUAAAAAAUAUUCAUAAAGAUACUUUUUCUUAUUCUCUUCUUUA